AUGGCCACUGAUAAUUUACAUAAAUACCUCAACUCUCAGCACCCAGGUUGGAAUAUGACUAAGCCAUCUUCAAGUCAGCAGUAUCUUAUUUUUACAUCUAAAAUGACAAUUUCAAAUCAAAUUUUAACACCAGCUCAAAAAACUAAACUUUAUAUAUUAGUUGCUGAAUGGAUUGUAUCAGAUACAUUACUCUUUUCAAUUGUUUCAAGCGAAUCAUUUGCUGCAGUGCUUCGAUAUCUCAAUGCUAAUAUUGACUUACCUUCUUGUGAAACUAUGAAGUCUACUAUUCAAAGCACUUUUGUCAUAAUGCAAAAAGAUGUUAAGAUUCUUUUAAAUCAAGUUUCUAAAAUUGAUAUACAAUUGCAUUCUGUCUUUGCAGAUUUUAAUAUUACUAAUAAAGGUCUUUGUGCUACUACCGAUGGUGGUUCUAAUAUGGUCUCAGCAAUACAAUUGUUAAAAAAAAAUCUUAUUUUACAAAAUCAUCUUUUUCAUUUUCUACCUCAUCACUGUUUAGCCCACAUAUUAAAUCUUAUCGUCAUGAGUAGUUUAUCACCUAUCAAAUCAUCAAUCGAAAAAGUGUGUAACUUGGUUAAAGCUAUUUUUGUUUUAUCAUCUCUAAUUCAGGAAUUAAAAGAGCUUGGGCAAUUAGUUGGAGAAGAUGAAGCAACUUGUAAAAUUUUACAGGAUGUUUCAACAUAG